GCCCUCCCGCUGUCUGGGACCCCACGCGAGUGCGCCGGGGCCUCCCCAAACCGGGUGCCCCGUUGGGUUCCCCUUUAUCUCCCCUGACACCGUCCGUGGGAAGGGGGAAUUCCGCUGUAUUCACUCUCCAGUUGACAGGCACCCCCCUUUCAAAAGCCAACACACGGAUUUUCGCUGCCUCCGGCCCCUCGACGACCCGGGUCGCCCCUAUUUCCAAUAUCGCUAUCCCCAGCCUCCUCCCCAGUGCCAGUGUCCCCUCGCCGGUCCCACUUUACGUGGCCCGAGACCCCUUACGUUACGACCACCCAGGGUUUCUGAGGUCCCGCCCUCUGGCCGGAGACCCCGCCCCGGGCUCGCCAUCUGGAGAGCUAGGGAGGAAGGAAGGAUACAGACCCAGGCGUUCACCCUACCUCCACCCCCGCCCCCGCCAUCCCGGCCAGAUAAAGGAGCCGACGCCAGGAGGGGAGCGAGACCCCGCCCCCCGAGAAGAACGGCCGCAGCCCCUGCGGGACGGGGGUAAGAACGACGGACCGAGGGAGCCGGACUCCUGGGUUCCCGAAAAGGGUUGCUGAUGGCCUGCGUCGCCAUGGGUUCCACCGGCGCUCCGGAGGGCGCGCUGGGAUACGUGCGCGAGUUCACCCGCCACUCCUCCGACGUGCUGGGCAACCUUAACGAGCUGCGCCUGCGCGGGAUCCUCACCGACGUCACCCUGCUGGUCGGAGGGCAGCCCCUGCGAGCUCACAAGGCGGUUCUUAUCGCCUGCAGUGGCUUCUUCUAUUCGAUUUUCCGAGGCCGCGCAGGCGUGGGGGUGGACGUGCUCUCCCUGCCCGGGGGCCCCGAAGCCGGAGGCUUCGCUCCUCUCCUGGAUUUUAUGUACACGUCACGCCUACGCCUCUCUCCUGCCACUGCACCAGCAGUCCUCGCGGCCGCCACCUACUUACAGAUGGAACACGUGGUCCAGGCCUGCCACCGUUUCAUCCAGGCCAGCUAUGAACCUUUGGGCAUCUCCUUGCGGCCUUUGGAGGCGGAACCCCCGAGGCCCCCAACGGCCCCUCCACCAGGCAGCCCCAGGCGCUCUGAAGGGCAUCCAGACCCACCUACCGAAUCUCGCAGCUGCAGUCAAAGGUCCCCCAGCCCAGGCAGCCCAGACCCCAAGGCCUGCAACUGGAAAAAGUACAAGUUCAUCGUGCUAAACUCUCAGGCCGCCCAAGCAGGGAGCCUGGCGGGGGAGAGGAGUGCUGGUCAACUGUGCCCCCAAGCCAGGCUCCCCAGCGGCGACGAGGCUUCCAGCGGCAGCGGCAGUGAAGAAGGACCCAUUCCCGGUCCCCAGAGCAGGCUCUCUCCAUCUGCUGUCACGGGACACUUCAAAUGUGGGGCUCCAGUCAAUAGCCCCCACCUCCUCACAGCCCCGGCUCAAGAGACCCCUGCAUCGCAGUCUGGGCGGGCUUGUCCGCCACCAGGAAGUGAACCGUUCAGCUGCCAGAACUGUGAGGCAGUCGCUGGGUGCUCAUCGGGGCUGGACCCCUUGGCUCCCGGGGAGGAGGACAAGCCCUACAAAUGUCAGCUCUGCCGGUCUGCCUUCCGCUACAAAGGCAACCUGGCCAGUCACCGCACGGUGCACACAGGGGAGAAGCCCUACCACUGUUCCAUCUGCGGAGCCCGCUUUAACCGGCCAGCCAACCUGAAGACGCACAGCCGCAUCCAUUCGGGAGAGAAGCCCUACAAGUGUGAGACCUGCGGCUCGCGCUUCGUGCAGGUAGCGCAUCUGCGCGCGCACGUGCUGAUCCACACCGGGGAGAAGCCCUAUCCUUGCCCUACCUGCGGCACUCGCUUCCGCCACCUACAAACCCUCAAGAGCCACGUUCGCAUCCACACGGGGGAGAAGCCCUACCACUGCGACCCCUGCGGCCUGCAUUUCCGGCACAAGAGUCAGCUGCGCCUGCAUCUGCGCCAGAAGCAUGGAGCGGCGACCAACACCAAAGUGCACUACCACAUUCUGGGGGGGCCCUAGCUGCGCGCGCCGGCCGGAUCCCACGAGCUUCCCGGACACCCGGAGAGCUGCGGGCUUGGGCGUGGGGGGCGUGCGAGGCCCCUCGGGUGUCAGAAACAGCCACCACCUUGAAUUCUCGCUGGGGAGAGCAGGGGUGGCAGGUCCGCUCUUGAUCUGCCUCCGUUUUGCUGGUCAAAACCUCUUCCCCACAAUCCAAGUUGUUUCCGAGGAGACAGCCAGAUGGGAGCUGCGGGUGGCGGGGCGGGCAGGGGGGCAGGGGGGAGGCUGGAGAGACGGCCCUCCACCUGCAGCGCCCCUCUCCUUUGGUUUCUUUGUAAAUAUAAUUUAUUGAGGCCUGUGGGUGGCACCAGGGCCUUCAUCCCAUGGCAUUUCCCACAUCCCCCUUCCAGAAGUGUGAUCCAAGGUGGCCUGAAGCACAAGUGUGUGGGGUCACAGCUCUGCUGGCAGAGAUGAGCACUUGGCUGUCUCCUUUGGCUUGACUGUUUCAUGUGUUUGCUUGUGGUAACUUCAUCUUCAGAGUUGUUUCUCCUGUCUGUGUGCUUGUCCGUGCUUUGGGAAUGGAGAAAGGGUCUCUCUGUAUACUGUCCCUCCCAGUCCUAGGUCUGGAACCUUAUUUGUUCUAGGGCAGCUCUGGGGACAUGUGGGGUUGUGGAAUUGGGUCAGGAACCCUCUUUGGUAUUCUGGGUAUUGUAGGUUCUCUAGCGGGCUAGAACUGCAUAUAGACUCCCCUCUAGUUCCAAGACUUAGAGGACCAUUUUUUGGUUUUGUUUUUGUCUUUGUCUUUGUUUGGUGAGCCGGAAACGGAGGUCUGGUCACCUCGGUAUGGCUCCACUGUGUGGAUCUGCCAUGCGCUCGGCUUUAGUUGAGCUCAGAAUCCUCCCCCUGGGGCCUGUUCUCAGCACUGGGUUGAUCCCUUCCUUAUCAGAGAUGACACAGCCUUUUCUGAUUCUGCCCAGACUCAAAGAAUGCUAUGAGCUAUGGGAGAAUUAUUAAACUCUAUCUUGACUAAGAGAUAAAGAGCCGUGACCAGUCCUUAACUGUAGAGGUGUGUCUGGGUUCCAAUGUUCCUUGGGGUUCUCUCUACCUGAGACAAGUUCCUUCUUCAUUUAGUGGGUUUUUGGACAUCAUCUGGCAAGUGUCCAGAUUUCAGAAACUUCUUUCCCUCUAGAAGUUACAGGCACCUGGUAUCUUUCUUACCUUAGAAAAGCUAGUUCUGUGACCUGGCCUUCCUGUCACUGCAUUCCUGUCUGGAACUGGUGAAUGCACUAGAACCUUCCACAGGGAGAGAAAAGGGGCUGAGUUCCUUUCUGGAUUUGCUGUAGUUUGUGAUUAUGAUUGGGAUUACUGCUGGGAUUAGAGAUUUACAAGAUUUAGAAAGUAAUUGACUGGUGGUCCUUCUAGUUGACCAAGUAUGUCUGGGUAGGAUUAAGAGGUUGGUUGAGGGGCACAGUCUCCACUGUAGGUCAGGUAAGUAGAAAGUUGGGAAUGGGGUUGCCUCUUAACCUGAUGGAAUGUCUGGAAUGUGAGAUGAUACUCUGAAGCCUUCAUUUACAGUCCUUCCCCUGCUGUCUUGGGACCUGUUUGAUUGUGGGGUAUGGAUGGAGGGUAAGGGGCACUUUGAAAUUUGCAAGGUGGGCUUCCAUGAGCUGGGUCAGGACUAAUCGCUGCCACUUGAGGACCAGCGAGAAAGCAACUUUUCUUUAUCAUUCCCUCUUGCUCCCCACUGCAGAACGGAAGCAGGGAGAGAUCACAACAGAGAGAUACUAGAAGGAACCAUGAUUGAUUUUUUUUUUCCCCUAGUUGGAUGGGCAGGUGGAGGUCGCUCGUAGGGGUGGAAAUGUUAGAUCUUGCAAGAUUUGAAUCUUGGAAUAAAGAUGACUCUCUGUGCUGCC